AUGGCAUCAGAACAACAGGAAUUAUCAGUAAUAGAUAAAGUAGGCGGAGGAGAACCUGAACUUCGUUUUGUGCAACAUCCCCUAAUCGAACUAGAAGCUGAUAUUCCAAAAGAGUACAAAGAGGAAGAACUAACUCCAGAAACCGUGGACUAUGAAGACGAUGUAGAAUAUUUGAGAAGUUUAGACCCUAAAGAAUGGAAGUCACAAGAUUAUUACAAAGUCCUAGGUAUCCCAAAUAUAAGAUACAAAGCAACAGAUGACAUUAUCAAAACUGCCUACAGGAAGAAAGUCUUAAAGCAACAUCCUGACAAACGUAAAGCGCUAGGGGAAGAAAUCAAAACAGAUGAUGACUAUUUUACCUGUAUAACAAUGGUUUAUGAAACUCUAGGAAAUAUAAGUAGGAGAAGAGCGUACGAUUCUGUUGAUCCACAAUUCGACAAUGAUCUACCUUGUACUAGUGAUAUAAAAAAAGACUUUUAUAAAACGUUUACGUAUUAUUUUGACUUAAACUCCCGAUGGUCUGAAAAAACAAGGGUGCCCAAAUUAGGAACUGAAAAUUCGACAAAGGAAGAGGUGGAACACUUUUAUUCGUUUUGGUAUGAUUUUAAAUGA